AUGGAUCGUGGGUUGGUGCAAAGGGGCUUGAAUUUUACCAAGAGGAAGAGGAGAUGGAUACUUUUCCUGGGACUGUUUGGAUUUUCCACAUACGCUGUGUACAAAGUGUAUCACAUGCCCUCGGUAGCUAGAAAGAGGAAUAGAAUGUUGAAGCUUUUUGGAUCCUUACUUUCCAUGGCCGAAAUGGUUUCUGAUUCAUCCGAGACAAUCUUGAUAGUGUCAAAGGAUCUGAAGGGUUUUCUGAAUUCGGAUUCGGACGAAAUCCCCAAUAGUUUGAGGCAACUUUCGAAAAUCGCACGGUCUGAGGAGUUUUGCGAAUCGCUGGCUCGUGUUUGUCAGUCUAUGACGGUUGGGAUUUUGAGGGGUUAUAAUAAGGAGAGUAGCGAGGGUGAGGUUCAAGAAGCCGGAGGUUCAACUUUUCCUGAUCGGAUUAUGGAUAAAUUGAUGUCUAGUGCAGGCAUGGGUUUUGUCUCGGUCAUUGUCGGUAGCUUUGCUAGGAAUUUGGUUUUGGGAUUUUACGCUAGUAACAGUCGGCUGAAUGAAGGGUCGAGUGGAGAUGAUGGAGACUCGAGUGGGCCCCAGGAGAAAAACUCGAGCUCCCCAGCCUUGAUCGGGUGGGUGAGUAGUGUGGUGUCGGAUGAUAAAUGCAGGGUCUUGAUAGCCGAUUGCAUAAAGACAUUUGUCAGCACUGCAGUUGCAGUCUAUCUCGACAAGACCAUGAAUGUCAACUUUUACGACGAGAUGUUUUCGGGUCUGACCAAUCCCAAACAUCAGAAGAAAGUGACCGACAUUUUGGUCUCCCUGUGUAAUGGGGCCGUCGAGACUCUCGUGAAGACUUCACACCAUGUGCUGACAUCAUCGAAAUCGAAUGACGGCUACUCAAAGAUUGAUGAGAGUGAGAUUUUGAAAUUGGGGAACAAGAAGGAUGUUGAGGUGGAAACCCAUUUGACGAAUGAUAUGAACAGUGGUUGGGUUAAUAUUGUCUCGUCAACACUGGCUGUGCCGAGAAAUCGGAAGUUUGUGCUGGAUGUGACUGGGAGAGUCACUUUCCAGACAGUUAGGUCGGUUGUCAAGUUUUUCCUAUGGAAAAUGUCGGAAGGUUUGAAGAGUAGCGCGAACGUGGUUCACGAUGAGGUUGUCGAGAGGGGAUUUGAGGUAGUCAAAUAUGUGGGGUACAAAUCGUCCGUUAUUCUUACUGUGUGCCUGGCGUUGUUUUUGCAUAUCAUAGGAAAUACUCGUGAACUGUUGCCUGCGUGA